CAAUUGAUGAGUAGAUAAGUUUUGGCCAUGUAUAUCACUGAAGUUAUGAACCAUGUUUUUUUGUUAGACCAAAUCAUCUCCAGAAUUCGUAAUAGAUUAACAGUUACUACUUUAUUACAAAAAGAUAGUACUAAAAGGAAGAGAAAAGGAGAAAAAUGGCAUAUGAUUCUAUGGAAUAUUUUUUAUCAAUGUGUGGCCAUUAGAAACAAAAGAUUCCUCUGAACCAGUGGAAAUCUCUCCUCUCCUUCUGUGUAAAUUGUUAACCGCUUUUGGACACUAUCAUGCAACUUGUGUAGAGAUUCUCCCCCAAGAAACAAACCCUUUCCCUUUCAAAAAGCUAAACACCAAGAAGUUACUAGUUUGUAUCUUGAUUGUUCUACUAGUUUUUCUUUUCUGCAUGGAAACAGGAUCAUCCAGGUUUACUUCGUCCAGAAAGUUUCUGGCUAUAAGCUUGUCAGUACUGGCCGUGCUCUCGCCUCUCUACAUCGACAGCUUAUCAGAGGAAGAUGAAGAACCGGAAGAAGAACUCUUUGGUUUCAUGUUUUCGCUACCUGUGCUCCUCCUCUUCUUGGUUUUGGCCAUUGCCCUGUCCCUGUAUUGUGAUCAGAGCUUGACCAGGUUUGAUCCUAACUGGAUUCACAGGCUCUGUGGUUCGUUUGGUGGGUUGCUUGUCAUUCUCAUCCUUCUUGUUUUCGUCUUGAAAUGCAAAUCCUCUGCUUAGACCCUUUAGUGGAAGUUGUUAAUGAAGAAAACAAAGCUUAUCAUUUUC